AUGCAAUCCGUAGGGAGUGCCCGAAUGAUUUCCGAUCGCCGUCAACUGGCUGGAAUUCUGUUGUUGCUGGGGGUUUGCGCAACGAUUGAACCAUUGGUAGACAUAUCCAUAUUCGUUGGAAAAGAGGGAUUCAAAGAUGGGACGCCGGUAAUGAUAGCUUCGUUCGCUGCUGCUUUGGUACAAGUUGUAUUCGGGUGCCUGGCUACUGCCGUUGGAUUUUUGCAUCUUGUUCUGGAUUAUGGAAGUCCAGCUCUAUCCGGCGCUCUCGUCGUGGCAGUGCAAGGGGCGUGGGCACCAUUUGUCAUUCGACUUUACAAACUUGUCGAACAAACGAUUCGACCAUAUGAACUAAAGACGUUUGAAUCGCUUUCUGGAGUUGGAGCAACUGCAAAAGAAGAAUAUGUAUCCAACCCAUUCAUUUCAGAUGAAUACGUACCAACAAUUCGCGAUGUCCGAAUAGUCGGAUCCACUGGAAUAGUGGGAGAACUGAGCUACAUGUUCGCUUUUUAUGGGGGUUUGGCAUUCUGUGCAUUUGCGAUAGAUGCCUUUGACAGAUACAAACCGACUGCUCGAGAUGGGCGAUUCUAUCGGGGGCGUCACCUGCUGUAUUCGUUUGUAUUGGCACUCGCUGGGUUGAGUCAACUUUUGCUUGGAGCUUACAUUCUUUUCGGAUUCGGAAGUGGCCCUCUACAUCAUUCCAUCACUGUUGCAAUGUAUACGGUGUACUAUCCCGAAAUGACGAUUACCAUGGGGGCAUUACAAAUGAUUGUUGGGUAUUUUGGAAUUGCUCGACACCUUGAUAUCGUACCAGCCGGUGCUGGCAACCAUCAGUUUCAAGCAGCUAUCUUGUUUCAGUGGAUUUCAAUGUUAGCCGUGCAAUACUUGACUCAAAUAAGUCUGAGUUUCGAAGGUGAAUAUCCAAGGGGACUACCAGAAAUGGUUCUGCUUAGUGUUGGGCUGAGUGCUUUCCCAGCUUUCCUUGACUACAAGAUGAGGACGACACCAUUCAACAUUCCACCGUCCUUCUACGACCUCCACGAAGAUCCAAAGUCAUUUCCAACUGAUAUGCAAGGAAUCGCCAACCGAGGUCUUAUUCUUCAUUACACGUCCGAUGACGACGAGGAAAUGGCAAAUCAAAUGCCUGAACUGGAGGAAGAGCCACUUAUUCAACCAAACAAUAUAGAUACCUUUCAAGACGAAGAAGACAGUGACGAUGAAGACGAUGUUGUAGAUCCUUCCGACCCAAAUCACACAGACAACUCCAGACGGUCGCAUGGAAGCGAUAGUAUAGACCCACCAACCGAUCCAUUGGCUGUGGAUGCGUCUGAAGAUGACGAAUCAGAACAGCCCUUUGACUCGGACUCAGAUCCACCUGUCCCAUCGCGAAGAAGCAGCCAGAUGCAUCCACUUGCUUCUACCAAAUUCUUUGGCGAAGAGAUGCAACAACAACUGGAAGAUUCAAUAAUCGACGAUUCUCUGAUAGACGACAGUAAUCCGCAGAUCGAAGCAAUUCAAGAUGAUGAGGGGGACGACGGUCCGGAAAUUGAUGCGAUUGACUCUUUGUUCCGAGAAAAAGCGCAUCAUAGAAGCAGCGACGUUACAGAAAUGGCGUCCAAUCAGUUGAAAGAUUUGGAAUCACUUCCAAUGGAAUCCUCAGAUAAUGAGGAAGAUAAUGAAUACAAUCUAGAUAGAAAACAGAAGAAAGAGCGAUCGCACUCCCGAGACCCUCCUGGAGUGACAAAAUCAAAGUCGUAUUCAAGUCAUGAUGAAAGUUCUGACACCCCAGAUGACGACACUGAUGCUUUGGAUGAGAAGCUUCAAGAGAUCGAAAGAGACUUAUACACAGAUUCAAUGGAGCAAUUCCGGCAGUCGCUGGUACACAUAUUAUAG